GGGGGUUUCCUCCCUGCCGGGGUCGCAGCCAUGGCGGGUCGGGGGGCCACCCCACGCACCAAGAAACCCCCCAGGGAGGACCGGGGGCUCUCGACCCCCAGGGCUGCGGCUCGUGGCCGGGCCGAGAGCCGGCAGAGAGAGGGGGAGCGCGCCCCGCGGGGGUGGGCGCGGGUCCCCGGCUCCCCCACCACGCCCGGGAAGGGGCGCCUGGUCCGGCGGGGUCCCGAGGGCAGUCCCGGCCCCGGGGACAGCGACCCCGCGAGACCCCCGGCACCGCCCUGCCCCGGAGGUCCCUUUUUCUCGGGGCUCCCCGAGGUGGAGCAUCAGGACCCUGCUGGCCCUGCAGCCCCCAGCCUGCCGAGCCCUGGGGUGCUGACCCCUGCGAGGGGCAGGGUCCGGAGGAAGCUGCAGCACACGCUGGUCCUGGAGCUGGAUGGGACCCUGCUCUACUCCUCCCUGCUCGCCCACGGGCAGAAGGAUGCCACGGCCACCUUCACUGCGGACUUCCAGGCGAGCUCCUACAAGGUCCACGUGAAGCUGCGUCCACACGUGCAGGAGUUCUUGGAGAGCCUUUCCAAGACCUUCGAGAUCUUCAUCUACACCACUGCCAAGAAGGACUACGCCAAGAAGCUCCUGGAGGUGCUGGACCCCAAGAAGAAGCUGAUCAGGCGCUGCUUCUCCCAGUCGGAUUGCGUCUGCUCCCAGGGCUGCUACUGGAAGGACCUGACCCACGUGGGCAGGGACCUGGCCAGGACGGUGGCCCUGGACCACACCAUGCAGGGCUUCCCUGCCCAGGCUGCCAACUGGAUCCGGGUGCCACUGUGGUCUGGGGACCCUGAGGAUGAGGAGCUGCUGCGCCUCAUCCCGGUGCUGGGCCAGCUGGGCCAGGCGGAGGACGUUCGCCCCGAGAUCCAGCGGCGAUUCCAGCCCUGCCAGCUGCCUGCUGAGGAUUAGGCCAGCCCGGAGGAGCUGUGCCCGGGGGCAGCCAGCACCUCACCCCACGGGCCUGGGCUGGAUGGCAGUGCCAGGACUCUCCCUUGGUGUUUGCGGGGAUCCCAGCUCAUCCCUGGGGCUGUGGGGGUGCCCCUGCCUUUGGAGACAAAGCUCCAUCCUGGCUCCCCCCUCCCCGUGCUCUGUAAGGUCCAGCCAAGGUUUUCACGGGUCAUUACAAGCUUGGAGAAAAGUUUGGCUCUGCCUUAAUUCCCAGACCUCUUCAGCUGAGCAAACACACAGUGCUGGG